CUUUAUAUAUCGGCUGCCUUUGUGGAUUUGGGUGGUUCUCUGAAUUCACGAAGUUUGACUUUGGGAGUUAAAAAUGGCUGGAUCAGAUCGGGCUGCUCCAUGAACGAUAGACAGGAGCAUUAUUGCUUAAUGCAGAGCAAAGCUGGACGGCUAUUUGAAAAAACAAGAAGAAAUGGGUUUUCUGUCGUGGUUGUUUCCUUCUUCUCCAACAUGAUAACUUUUGGAGCUGCUGAAGGGCAUCUCAAAUGUGUUUAUUUAGUACCCAUUUGGUGGGAAAUGAAAUGGAUCAGACUGCAUUUGAGUAAUUUAAGAACUUAUGGCGUUGAAACAAGUAGCUAAUUAUUGAUGUGAAAUGGCCAUGGUGGGAGUGGGAGCAGUUGGAAUCUUGACAGCCUUGGAGCAUUGCUGGAGAAUCCUGAUGCAGAAACAGA